AGAACCCUCCUUCACCUAACCCUAAUUCACUAACCUUCCUUCACAAUCGUAGAACACUUGUUUGUGCUUGUUUGUCAAUUCUUUUGCCUCGAAACUCUGAUCUGAGCCUCACCCUGUUUCCUCAACUUCUCGGGAAGCCCUUUCUUUGUACCCAUGCCUAUCGGUUUGGGAGGGGAGAGGAUUGAGUUACUAUAGAAACGAUUUUCUCAAAUCAGAGUGUGAUAUUGUUAUUGUAGUGCCUUUUCGUAGUUUUACCUAAGCUAUCAUUCUUAUUGUGGGAGACAAAAGUGCACCAGAACCUGCGCUUGGUAUAACAACAACUGUUUAAUGGAAGAUUUUGGUGGUUCCGGGUUUGAUGGCCUUAGUAAUGCUGUGAGGAGGAAGAGGAGUCAAACUUCUCGCAGGCCUCGACCAGAUUCGCAGCCUGUACCUGAUGGUACCGACUUGUCUCCCUUGUCGUCAACACCCCCUUCAGAUGAUGUUAGCAGGGUCUCUAGUGAAGAGAAUGCUGAAGACGAUAAAUCCCAUAAGGAUGGUGGGUUCAAUGUGUUUUAUAGUAAUGAGCCUGGGCGAAGCAGCUUACAAAACAAACGCUGUAGCGAGGGUGUUCUUGCUCCAGCUAAUUGGAAGGGUUCUAGCAAAUCAAAGGAUAGCUUAGAAUCAGAAUUGGGAAAUGCAGAGAUGUAUGGUGGAAGUAAUCCAGAUAGUCCGAGUUUAGGGCAGUUUGGUGUUUCUCAGGAUCCAUUAGGGAAUGAGAAUCGUGUUAAAAAGGUGAAGCUGAAGGUUGGUGGUGUUACACGUACUAUUCAAGCCAACUCUGCAUCAAACAGUACUUCAGCUAGUGGAUCAACUACAAAGAGCUCUCGAUCAUCAGAUGCCACUAGAUCACGCCACAAGCAUCAGAGCAAUUCAGAUGAUAACCAGUCUCCCUUGGAUAAGAGAAGUGGCCUGCAAGGCCUGCCGUGGAAGGAUUUCUCAAGUCAGGACUCAUUAAUUGGGAGGUUAUCUGGAAAAAAUAAAUUAAGCAAGCAAGGAGACAAGUCUGAAUCAGUCCGGAAGAGCAAGCGAGUACCAAAGAGGCGUGUACUUGACGACGAAUUUGGUGAUGAGGAUGAUGAGGAUGAUGAGAUUCGUUAUCUGGAAAAGCUGAAAACAUCAAAAGUUUCUGCUGUAUAUAGAGAUGAAGAGGAAUUAGGCAAGAAACAUAAAAAGCUUUCUAGCAUGGAAAAUGCAGCCUCAACAAAAUCAAGCAAAGAUGGGAAGAAAAGGUUUAGACCAGAUAGAGUGUAUGAGGAUGUGGAUUAUGAGGAAGAGGAUGAGUCUGGGUCUGAUGUUGAGGUUGAGGAUAAGAAAAAGAAAAAACAGAGGAAGGAAUCUGUUGAUGUUUUGAUGGACAGUAAAAGGGAAAUAACUCUAACUACACGUCAACGGGCUCUUCAAUCCAGCAAAGAUGCCUCUGCACCUGGUUCAAGUUUAAUUGAGUUCCCCAAUGGAUUACCACCUGCCCCGCCUAGAAAGCAAAAGGAGAAGCUUACAGAAGUGGAGCAGCAACUAAAGAAAGCUGAGGCUGCCCAGAGGCGUAAAAUGCAAAAUGAGAAGGCUGCCCGGGAGUCUGAGGCUGAAGCUAUAAGAAAAAUUCUUGGUCAAGAUUCUAGUAGGAAGAAGCGGGAAGAGAAAAUGAAGAAACGCCAAGAAGAAUUGGCUCAGAGGGCAGCCAAUGCACAAAUGCUUGCAUCAAACACUAUUAGAUAUGUGAUGAGUCCUAAUGGUACAGUUGUGACAUUUCCUGAUGAAAUGGGCCUCCCUAGUAUAUUCAAUUCAAAACCGUGCAGUUAUCCUCCAUCACGGGAGAGAUGUGCCGGUCCGUCAUGUCCCAACCCUUACAAGUAUCGCGAUUCAAAAUCAAAGCUUCCUCUUUGCAGUCUCCAAUGUUACAAAGCAGUCCGAGAGAAGAUGGCUGCUGAAGCUAUCUGUUGAUGUUGCAAAUGGACUUCCCAUUCACUGGUUUAUACCAAGUUGCGCACAGCCAAUUUAUGGCACCCAUCCUUAGGUCCAUGCUUUGUUGAGAGAAAUUAUGUUGAGCUUUUGGUGAGAGUCAUUUUGUCUAAUAUGUUAAUACAUCUUUUGAUUUUGCAUUUUUGGUAUGAGAGAUUACUAGCAUCAUGCCCUGUAGCAUGUAAAUCUAUUAGAAAUAUUUAGCUAUUGGCAAUGUCUAAAUCUGAAUAUUACAGCAUUGAUUAAAUUAUUAAUCACUAAUCAUUGAUACAUGACAUUCCUUAA